AUGCUGAAGCCCGAGUUCUCUGUGGACAUGACCUGGGAAGGCAGCUCUAAAGCUAUCCAUAAGGUGCUCGACAAGCUGGGAAUAGUUGAGUUUGAUAUUGACCUGCCCAACAAGAAAGUAUGCAUCAACUCUGAGCACAGCACAAACAUUCUGUUGGAGGCCCUGGGGAAAACAGGAAAGCCUCAUUUCUACCUGGGCCCUGAGAAAUGA